UGAUUUUGGAUAUCAUCUGAUUUACAUGUCAUCUUUCUGAUUAACUGAUUAAGCUCACGUUCCAGCAUCUGAAGAGCAGGCCUGUUUGAAGUUGGGCAGGAACUUGUAAUCUCUGUUCUGAGACUUCAUCCUGCGCUCACCCCAAAUCUGAAAGCAGAGGAUUUUUCCUGCAUGGAUUUUUUUUUUUCAGCUGUAGCUGUACGCCAAAACUGUAUUCAAGUUGCGUACCAUGUGUCUUCAUCAACUUGACAAGAAUACCCCACAAAUUAUCUUGAUCUCUUAGAUCUCUUUUAAAGCUCACUUGCCAAGUCAUCGACCAUUAGGAAAAACUGUAGCCUCUCAAGCUCCAGUCAAGUCUUAGACAAGAACAUUAUUGGCAUUAUUAGAUGGUUUGCUACAAUGUUUUUGCAUUUGUCCUCAGUGGCAGGAAAGAAGAACUUGAAAGUGGGAUAAACUUGAGCAGCCAAGCAAAUCGAGCCAAUUAUGCAGGCAAUUCUUGAUGCUUUUCUUGAUACCCGUGUGAUGUCGGCUGCCUAUAAUCAGCAGUGCAAAACAUAGUCUGCUGUUUCUCUUGCUGGCAAUGAGCUUUGUUUCACUGACCGGUCCUGGUGUAGAUUCCAUUGAGCCCUCCAGUUUGGCCAAUGGGAAUUCGGGCAAGAGGGAAAUCAUGAAGUCUGAGGGGACAAAAGAGUCUCGCAGUGAUCAAGAAGAGGGUGGAGAUGAAAAUCACUCAGACGGGCGAUCAGACCCUCUUAGAGAGGCCACUGAGCUGAAUGGGACCUAUGAAAACACGGACACAAAGAAAACUGAACAGAACCUUUCUGCACCAGCCCGAUCCUCAACCAUGGAGAACGGACUGUCAGAGACUGAGCCGCCCCAUGGCUCUACAGUGGGCAGUAAUGGAUAUAUUCUAAGCAAACAGCAGGAAGACACAGUGUCAGCCCUACACAGGACUAACUGGUCCCCCGUAGGGGGUUCCACAUUGGGGCAUGGGACUAAAAGCUCACCACCUUCAGCUUCUAUGCUGCGAUCCCCAGACCAGGGUUCUUCAAAUGGUGCUGCAAGCUUAGGACUGAGCCCAAUGGAGAGGCGAGCAGAAACUGAGACUAAAAACGGCAGAGUAUCGAAUACACCCCCACCAACGAUACAUCGAGCACGCAAAACUAUGUCAAGGCCAGCCUCAAACCAGACACUAAAGCUUUUGAAUAGGGAAAAUAAGGAGCCAGUCGUGGUGAAAGAUGACGGUGUGGGCAAACCAGAGGCAGUGCAGCCACAGCCAUCUCCAAUCCAGAAUCAGCUACCUCAAAGCCAAACUGACGCCACAUCUGUACUAAACACCACACCAGCCAAGCCACACACAGUUGAACCCAGACCUGUCUCUCCCUCAGUAGCAGCCGUGUCAAGGAAGAAGAAAAGAAAGAUGGGAACGUAUAGUCUUGUGCCCAAGAAGAAAAAUAAAGUCUUGAAACAACGCACAGUUCUGGAGAUGUUUCAGCGUAUGUCCCAGUCUCCACCCAACCCUCAGCAGCCAAAGGAGGUCGUGCAUGUGAAUGGAGAGAGAAUGGAGAAUGAGUCUGAUGAAGAAGAGUCAGAGGAAGGAGAAGACACAGAGGAAGAUGAGGAGCUGGUCACUGAGGACGGAGCCAAAGCUUCUCAGGAGGGACCCACGAUAGCUUCAAUCUCUCAGCCUCUUGAAGAAGAACAAGAGUCAGAGGAGUCACCGGAUGGUGAAGAGGAAGGGGAUGAAUCAGACUUGAGUUCAGAGUCCAGUUUGAAAAAGAAAUGGAAAAAGAAAGCCAAGGGAGACCACGCCUGGCUCCGACCAUCAAGGAAACGCAAGAGGAAACUGAAAGCGAAAACAGAAGGACUUUCUGGAAUGGAGUUCCAGUCUCAAUCUGAGAGCCAGAGCUCUCCAUCAGCCCCUCCUGACCGCAGGAAAGAGUAUAAAGAAAUCCCUCUAAACUCCCUCAACCUGGCAGCACAGGAAGCCUUAAUGACAUCUCAGAGUUCAGCUCUUUCAGGGUCAGUGGAAAGCACAGACGGCGACAUGGUGCAGGAACUUCCCCUCUGCAGCUGUCGAAUGGAGACACCCAAGAGCAGAGAGAUCCUCACGCUUGCGGACAGAAAGUGUAUGGCAACUGAGAGCAUUGAUGGUCAGCUGAGCCGUUGUCAGAGUGCAGUGCUGAAGCACGAGAUGAUGAGGCCUUCAAACUCUGUCCAACUGCUGGUUCUGUGUGAGGACCAUCGCACAGGCAUGGUCAAACAUCAGUGCUGCCCAGGCUGUGGCUUCUUUUGCAGAGCCGGCACCUUCAUGGAGUGUCAGCCAGAGGUGAACAUCUCCCACCGGUUUCAUCGAGCCUGUGCCUCGGUGCUCAACGGUCAGAGCUUUUGUCCACACUGUGGAGAGGAGGUCAGCAAAGCGAAAGAGGUCACCAUUGCCAAGGCCGAUACAACGUCAACUGUGCCUCUCAACCACAGCUCCUGCACGCCCAGCACCUCAGAGGGCAAAGCAGACACCACCACUGGAGGGUCCACUCGGCUCUCUGUUCUUGGAGAGGGCAAAGCAGACAGCACUUUACUCAAACAUCCAGAGUCACAUGACACAUCUGUGUCCCCUGUGGGCUCCAAAGCUGGGUCUGUAGGAUCAGGAUCUGCAACGGGACCUCCACUAGGACCACCUAAAGAAACUCUGGAAAGUGUCCUGCUGGCUCUAGAUGCAGAGAAACCUAAGAAGCUCCGGUUCCACCCAAAACAACUGUAUAUUUCUGCCAAACAAGGGGAGUUGCAGAAGGUCCUACUGAUGUUAGUGGAUGGGAUUGACCCUAACUUUAAAAUGGAGAGCCAGAACAAACGCACACCGCUCCAUGUAGCAGCUGAAGCAGGUCAUCAGGAAGUCUGCCAUAUGCUGGUGCAGGCUGGCGCAAACCUUGACAUGUGUGAUGAGGACCAGCGGACGCCCCUAAUGGAGGCCUGUGAGAACAACCAUCUUGAAACAGUACGCUAUCUUCUGCGGGCUGGAGCCAUUGUCUCUCACAAGGAUGUUGAAGGUUCAACAUGUCUCCAUCUUGCUGCUAAGACUGGCCAUUUUGCCAUUGUACAACAUCUGCUGUCUACAGGCCUUAUAGAUAUUAACUGCCAGGAUGAUGGAGGUUGGACAGCCAUGAUUUGGGCCACAGAGUACAAACAUGUAGACCAAGUAAAACUCUUGCUCUCCAAAGGGGCUGAUAUCAACAUCCGAGACAAGGAGGAAAAUAUCUGUCUGCACUGGGCAGCAUUCUCUGGCUGUGUGGAGAUAGCAGAGAUCCUUCUGGAUGCCAAAUGUGAUCUCAAUGCCGUCAACAUCCACGGAGACUCACCACUGCACAUAGCGUCACGGGAGAGCCGGCUUGACUGUGUAAACUUGUUUCUGUCACGGGGCACUGAUGUAAGCCUUAAGAACAAGGAGGGAGAGACGCCCAUGGAGUGCUGCAGUCAAAACUCGAAGGUUUGGAACGCCCUUCAAGCCACCAAAAAGCAAAGAGAAGCUAACAGGAACCAGGCUGCCCCUGCAGAGAAGCUUCUCAACAGGGACAUCGCCAGAGGCUACGAGAAAGUCCCUGUCCCGUGCGUGAACGCAGUGGACAGCGAACCCUGUCCUGACAACUACAAAUAUGUCCCUGAUAGCUGUGUGACGUCCCCAAUGAACAUUGACAAAAAUAUCACUCACUUGCAGUACUGCGUCUGUAAAGACGAUUGCUCCUCAGCUAGCUGCAUGUGUGGCCAACUCAGCCUGCGCUGCUGGUAUGAUAAAGAGAGUCGUCUGCUCCCCGAAUUCUGCAAUGAGGAGCCGCCUCUUAUAUUUGAGUGCAACCAUGCCUGCUCUUGCUGGAGAACCUGCAAAAACCGUGUGGUACAGAAUGGACUGAGGAUAAGACUGCAGUUGUUCAGAACACAGAUGAUGGGAUGGGGUGUCAAGACAUUACAGGAUAUCCCGCAAGGAACGUUUGUUUGCGAAUACGUGGGUGAAAUCAUCUCUGACGCCGAAGCAGAUGUCAGAGAGAAUGACUCCUAUCUUUUUAGUCUGGACAGUAAGGUGGGUGAUAUGUACUGUGUUGACGCACGUUUCUACGGCAACAUCAGCCGCUUCAUAAACCAUCACUGUGAGCCGAAUCUGUUCCCCUGUCGAGUGUUCACCUCUCACCAGGACCUCAGAUUUCCUCACAUCGCGUUCUUCGCCUGCAAGAACAUCAGUGCGGGAGACGAACUUGGGUUUGAUUACGGCGAUCACUUCUGGGACGUAAAGGGGAAGCUGUUCAGCUGCCAGUGUGGCUCAUCCAAGUGUAAACACUCGGCAGCCGUCAUUGCCCAGACACAGGCGGACAGCACGCCGGGAGACCAGCAGCCCAGCGCCCUGCCUGAUACUAGUUCGUCCACCCCAUCCAGCCCCAGCUAAGCCCUCCAACAACUACCAGCCUGUCAUCUCCCAUCACCAGCACAGGCACACCUCUGCCAUCUCUAAUCAGAUGCGGGUACCGACCCGGGCCCCUUGAUGCUACACCCACAGUGCCAUGUUUAGCUCUGGUGGUCUGAAAGCCUGAUUGGUUGACACGGUUUAGGGGUUAAAAUCUUGAAGGUGAGAGGUGCACAGCAGGACUGGUGUUUCAGGUGUUUAGUACGCACAUUUUGUAUGGGUUUUUUUUAUUGCCAGCCCGCCCCUUUGGACCACAAUACAUCCUGUUUGACAUCAUAAAAAAGUGGAUUUUGGGGUUUUCGUCUCUCAAGAAUGAGGCUGUUUGAGCCGUUUAAGGGACUGUGCGGCAUGUUACCGUUGAAUACUACCUUCUCGUCGCACAAUGUGUUCUCCUGCCGACUCGAACUUCUGUGUCAUUCUCGUACACACUUCUCAUGAUCUUUUAUGAACUUUUUCUUCACGGUUUUACUUUAGCAGUCAAGGUGAACGAAAACUGAACGAUUGAUUCCCGAAUUUCAGAUGAUCAUUUAACACUUUAUGCAUUCGUUUGUUUUCCGUCUUUUUUUGUUUUUUUUUUUGUUUUUGUACAUUCACAGAAUAUGCAGAGAAUUAUGUAAUGACAUUCAAAGACCAACCUUGUGACUUUUUUCCCCCUAGUACAGUCUUUUCCGUGUUUUUCAGUGGACUGUAUUAACUUGAGAUGAACUAUAGGCUAGCAGUCAUUGGAUAUUAGCGCCCGUUGUGCGUGUCGUCCUCUGAUCGGUUCACAGACGCAGGGCGUCAUGUCAAUGCUACAAAAAACAUGAAAAGGCCUCUAAACAGGACAUUUUUGGCCUAUUUCUCCCAGUAAAAGCCCAGUUCUUGAGUAAAACUGCGUUUUAAUGGCGAAUCGCCACUGGAAGUGCAAAAUAAUCCUGGACGAGGCUUAAUCUGUGUCUAAAGACAAGCCCUAUGGGUUAUAUCCUGCAUGUUACAGGCCUGGGUAGACACAGCUGUUGUUAAAUGCAUAUUACAUGCACCCCCGUCAAUGCAAAUGAAAACUGUAAAAUAUCUUGAACAUUUCUGUACGUACUUUCAGUCACAAUGACGGAACCUACUAGCAUGCUUUUGAGACACGUGCUUUAGGAAUAGGACUGGAACGUUUCGCUCUGAUGGAAUUAAAUGCGGUCAGGUGUAGGAAAACGCAAAUGGUGCUGAAAAAGGUUUUUGUUUAUUUUUUUUAUUACUCACUAAGUGAAUACAAGUUGUACAUUGCGAUGAAGAAGCAAGUGUUUCAUUUUUAUUUUUUCUUCAUUUGUAUUUUUAAAUUGACCUGUUUUUUUUUUUCUAACUGUAGUUUGACAUUUAGCCUGUAUCAAUUUUUUUCCAUGAGUUCAUGUUGAUGGUGAAACUAUUACAGUCUUUUUAAAUGUUGAUAGUGUAGUCAUGUCCUUCGUGCAAAUCAAGACAUAUAGAUACAAAACACUGCAAAAUGAGGGGGAAAAAGAAAACUGUAACAUAUUUCUGGACAUUGAAACAUGAUGCACAAUCUUACUGGUUGUGUUUUUCUUUUUCAAUAAAUUUACUACUAAUAAAAUAUAAA